ACUAUUAAUUUGGCUUUUCUGCAAAAGAGUGCUACAUUUAAUCUAUCUGUGCUUUCAUUAUCUGCAUUUAUACAUGAUACAGUGUGUUAAGUUGUACCAAAAUGAAACUUCAAAUCACAUUGAAAGCUACACAUAAGCGUCAUUGGUAUUUCUCGAAAGCUUUCAGUAUAUUUUUUACACAUUUAACAUUAGAUGAGUGAACUCGCCCACAAAUACGUUCUAAUUCUGCUAAAUGAGAAAACUCCGAAAGUUCAUUGUGAAAAAUGCCUUCAAAGACUUCUUACCGGAGCGUUCAGAUUUCGAAAUAAUAGAGGAAAAGCUCCCUAAACCGAGGCCCGGGGAAUUUCUCGUAAAAGCCGAGUACAUUAGCGUAGACCCGUAUAUGAGGUCCUUUGCCAGCGAACAAGAGCCGCCAUAUGAGCAAUUUGGCUUUCAAGUCGGCAAAGUGAUUGAGAGCAAAAAUGACGAAUACCAAGUUAAUACAUAUGUCUUUUCCCACUCGGGCUGGAGAGAUCACGUACUGCUCACCGACCAUCCAGACGAUAUGUUCAAAAUAAAACCUUACAAACCCGAAAUAGGGUAUCUACCUUUAUCAUUAGCCAUCGGAGCCUUAGGUAUGCCUGGAAUAACGGCCUAUUUGGGUCUUUUAGAUAUAUGUCAACCAAAACAACAUGAAGUGAUUUGCGUUACCAGUGCGGCGGGCGCGGUCGGGUCCUUAGUGGGACAAAUAGCAAAACUUAAAGGCUGUACAGUUAUUGGUUUCACGGGUUCAAACCAGAAAGUGCAGUUUUUGAAACAAGAAUUGGGCUUUCACUAUGCUUUCAAUUACAAAAUGGAUAAUGUAAAGGAAUGUUUAAGUACCAGUGCUCCUAACGGUAUUGAUUGUUUUUUUGAUAAUGUCGGAGGAAAUCUAGCUUCUAUUAUCAUGGAAAACAUGAACGAGCUCGGCCGUGUUGCUAUCUGUGGAUCAAUAAGUACAUAUGGACAGGAAUCGUAUCGACAGAGAAGACCAAAAACCCGUGUGUCAGUUCGCAUUGAGGCUUUCAGCUUUACACAAUGGAAUUGGUCGCAACAGUGCGCCGCGCUAACAGAUCUGAGAGAAUGGCUGCAGAAAGGAAUCAUCAAAGCAAAGGAAACGGUCACAAAUGGCUUUGAAGAGCUCCCAGAUACACUUAUUGCCAUGCUGAAUGGAGACUGCGUUGGCAAGGCCGUCGUUAAAAUUUAAUAUUCCUCUUCUUUGUUUUUAGCUUUAAAAUAAAUGAUAACAAUAAUAAAGGACUUCAAAUAAAUCUAAAGAUCACAUUAUUUCGUUCGGCCUGUGGCUACGUUGUUUCAGACUUAUUUACAUAAUAAAUUGUAUUGUUGGUUUUCUAAUGUUUUUCAAAGUAUAGUGUAAUUACACAGGAUUUUUUACUUUUCGUAUAUUUAUUUUAUUGUAAUAUUGUUUUAAAUAUGAAUUAUGUG